AUGGUGCACGCCAACGCACGACGGCUUCCCGGCGGAGCGCUGUACGCAGCCCACCCCCCGUUUGAGCAUGUGGCUGCCCAGGCCCAGGGGAAGGGGCAGCGGGAUACCUCUUUGGAGAGACCCACUGCCCCGUAUCAGCCGAAGGAGGAGGAGGAGGAGACCAGCACGGAUCCUGAGGCUCACCUGGUGUCUCCUACCUUGGACAUAUCGAUAGAGACUCUCAACCAGCUGAUCCUGGAUAUCGAUCCGACUUUCCAGCCGCUCAGGUGCAAGCCGGUGAAGGAUGCGGUCCAACCUGCUUCACAGGGUGAUGCUGUUGCCACCAAGAAACAAGAUCCAGAGGCAAUAGACAUUAAAUACAUAGAGAUGACGCCAGGCAGAGCCACGGGUCCUGAGCUGCUGCAGGGCUCCCCCAGCCCUUCGGGCACGCCGUCCCCAAGGUCCCCCCAGGGCAACGGCUUCGUGCCCCAAAAAGGGGGACUCAGAAGCAACUACAGCACCGGUGGCAGUGUGGUUUUCUCAAGCCCACCCAGAUCCGUGAGCCCCGGCUCGGGCGCCCUGAGCUGCGCGGACUCCCCGACCUGCAGCAAAGCGCCCGAGGGCAUCGCCGGCCCCCGGCACUGCACGGCCGGCCAGAUGGACAGCAUCUCCUAUGGCCCCGGGGCUCUCGGCACCUCCACGGGCAUCGACAAUUUGCUGAAGCCCGUGCACGUGGUGAGGGUACAGCAGAGGAGCAGCUGGGUCUCCCUGCUCUCCACGAGCCCUGGCUCCGACACCAGUUACAUCCUUGGAAGCUCCCUGGGCAGCCCCUGCCCACCUUCCCCGAGCGUCAGGUCUCACUCUGGAGAAGCCUUUGGGCUGAGUCCCCACCAGCCCAGCGCAGCCUGCUCCACCAAAGCCAACACCUCCCCAUCCCAGAAGGGACAGGCCAGCAGCUCCCCCCCCUCCAUCCUCAACUCCGCAGCCGACAUCCCGGUGCUGCUGGUGAACGGGUGCCUGGAACCAGGAGAUGCGUCUUCCAGGCUGGCCACAGCGCCCCCAGCCUCGGUCAAGCAGAGCCCCCCUCCCAGCUGCAGCCCGACCUCCAGGCUCGAUGGCCUGAACAACGCGCUGUCGGCACCAGCGCUCUCCUGCGACUCGGACAGUCCCCUCAGGGCUGGGCAGCCGACCAUGAAGUUUGUGAUGGACACGUCGAAAUACUGGUUCAAGCCGAGCAUAACCAGGGACCGAGCCAUCCAGCUGCUGAAGGACAAGGAGCCAGGCACGUUCGUGGUGCGGGACAGCACGUCGUACCGGGGGUCUUUUGGGCUGGCGAUGAAGGUUCCUGUCCCUCCAGCCGGCAGCCAGACAGGCGAUGAGAGCAGUGACCUCGUCCGGCACUUCCUCAUCGAGUCCUCUGCCAAAGGGGUGCACUUGAAAGGAGCCAGCGAGGAGCUGUAUUUCGGGAGCCUCUCUGCCUUCGUGUACCAGCACGCCAUCACCGCGCUGGCACUGCCCUGCAAGCUCAGCAUCCCCACCCGAGAUCUUGCUGAUGGAGAAGAUAGCCCUGACUGCGCCGCGGAGUCCGCGCUGUCCCCGCUGAAGAAAACUGCUGUCUGCAACGUCUUGUACCUCAACUCGGUGAACGUGGAGACGCUGACGGGAGCGCCGGCCAUCCAGAAAGCCAUCUCCUCCACCUUCGAGCUGGAGACGCUGCCCACACCCACCCUGGUGCACUUCAGAGUGACGGAGCAGGGGGUGACGCUGACCGACGUCCAGAGGAAGGUGUUCUUCAGGCGACACUACCCCUUGGCUGCCGUCAGGUUUUGCGGGAUGGACCCUGAGAACAGAAAGUGGCAGAAGUACUGCAAGUCCUCGAGGAUCUUCGGGUUCGUGGCCAAAAGCCAGACAGAUUCGGAGAACCUCUGUCACCUGUUUGCAGAGUAUGACACUGUGCAGCCAGUGUCGCUUGUCAUCGACCUUCUCUGCAAGCUCCUGCCGGGCCCGUAG